AUGUGCUCGGCGGGGAGGCGCUGGGGCCGGCGGCAGCGAGUCCUGCUCUGGGGCGUCCUGCUGGCGUCCUGGGAGGCGGUGUGGGGGCAGCUGCACUACUCGGUGCCCGAGGAGAUGCCCAAGGACUCGUUCGUGGGCGACGUGGCCAAGGACCUGGGGCUGCAGCUGCCGGAGCCCCCAGACCGUGGUGUCCGAGUUGUCUCCGAAGACAGGACGCAGUAUUUCACUCUGCACGGGAAGACGGGACAUUUAGUGACGGCCGAGAGGAUCGACAGAGAGCAGCUGUGCGAGAGUGUGGAGCAAUGCGUGCUGCGCUGUGAGCUGAUAGUGGAUGGACAGAUGCAGGUUUAUGGAAUCGAGGUGGAAAUCAUGGACAUUAAUGACAACGCCCCGAGCUUCAAGGAUACUGAGAUAGUAGAGAGAAUGAGCGAGACAACAGCCCCGGGGUCGCGAUUUUCCCUGGCUGAGGCUCGUGACCCGGACUCGGGACGGAAUUCCUUACAGAGCUACGAGCUGAGCGGCGACGAGCACUUCUCGCUGGCCGUGCAGACGGGCCCCGGCGGGGAUCAGCGUCCCGAGCUGGUGCUGGCGAAGGCGCUGGACCGGGAGGAGGCGGCGUUCCACGAGCUGGUGCUGAGGGCGAUGGACGGCGGCGAUCCGGCCCGGACGGGCACGGCGCGGAUCCGCGCAGGGCAGCGGCAGGAGCCGUCCGAGCGCCGAGAGCCGGCGCUGGCGACAAUGGCGGGCGGGCGGAGGCAGAGGCGCGGGCCGGCCGGCGGGCGAGCGCUGCUGCUGCCCGCUGUGCUGCUGUGCCUGUGCUGCCGGGCGGCGCCGGAGCGGCUCCCCUACGCCAUCCCCGAGGAGCUGCCCACAGGCUCGCUCGUGGGGCCGCUGGCACGGGACCUGGGGCUCAGCCCGGACGAGCUGUCGGCGCGCAAGCUGCGGCUCAGCGAGGACAAGCAAUACUUCACCGUGAACGAGGAGAACGGGAACCUGUACGUGAACGAGAGGCUGGACCGGGAGGAGCUGUGCGGCGAGUCGGCGUCCUGUUCCGUCAGCUUCGAGGCGCUGGUGCACAACCCGCUCAAUGUUUUCCACAUCGAGGUGACCAUCAAAGACGUGAACGACAACUCCCCGUCUUUCAGCAAGGCUGCUCUGGAACUCGAGAUCGGUGAAUGGACACUUCCAGGUGCCCGUUUUCCUCUGGAGAUGGCACAAGAUGCAGACGCGGGAAGCAACUCACUGCUGACUUAUGAGCUCACCAGCAACCCAUCCUUCUCUCUUGCCCUGAAGGAGAGACCAGGUGGAAAAAAGCAGCCGGAAUUAGUGCUGGAGAGAGCGCUGGAUCGGGAGAAGCAGAGUUCCUUUGAGCUGGUGCUGACGGCAGUGGAUGGAGGGGACCCUGCGAGGUCCGGAACUGUCCAGAUUCGUGUCAACGUGACGGACGCCAACGACAACCCACCCGUGUUCAGCAAAAGUGUAUACGAGGCGCGAGUGGCGGAGAAUCUGCCGGCGGGGUCGCUGGUGCUGAAGGUGCGGGCCACAGAUGCGGACGCGGGAUCCAAUGGGCGGGUCUUCUACUCCUUCGGUUCCGUCCCGGCCGGGAUCCGUGAGUUGUUCACAGUCGAGAGCGAGACCGGCGAGAUCAGAACUGUGGGACCACUCGAUUUCGAGAAGAAGAGUAAAUACAGCUUUGAACUGGAGGCGACGGACGGAGGUGGGCUCACCGAUCACUGUGAAGUGAAGAUAGACAUCACGGACGACAACGACAACGCACCCGAGAUCACGAUUCUGUCGCUGUCGAGCCCGGUGCCCGAGGACGCGCCAGCCGGCACCGUGGUGGCCCUGCUGAAAAUUCGGGACAGAGACUCCGGCGAGAACGGUGAGGUGUCGUGCGAGCUGUCGGGAGAGGCUCCGCUGUCGAUCGUGGCGUCGUCGGGCGGCUCGUACAAGGUGGUGACGGCGAGCGCGCUGGACCGCGAGCAGGCGUCCGAGCACCGCGUGACGGUGGUGGCCCGGGACCGGGGCAGGCCGGCGCUGUGGAGCGAGGCGGAGCUGGUGCUGGAGGUGUCGGACGUGAACGACAACGGCACCUUGCCCUACUCCUACAACCUGUGCGUGGCCGCGCCGGCCCGCGCCGCCGCCGAGGCCGCUUGGCCGCCGCCGCCGCUGCCCAUCCUGCCCGCCGAGGAGCUUCUGGCCGGGGAGCCCUGCGACAAGCCGAGCCCGAGUAGCAGCGCCGUCGCGGGAGAGCCGCCCACAGACCCCGACGCACCACAGCUGCCCGUGGGCGAGGCAGGGCGGGCAUCUCUCGGCAGCGCUCGGUGCCUGCAGUGCCGGGAGGAGGCUGCGAGCGCCGCUGUUGACCGAGAGGAGCGAGAGGAAGGUCGGAGCGCUGCAGCCCCGCCCGCUGCGGACCGGCUCGAUCGCUGGAUCGCUGGAUUCCUGGCUCGGCGGCCGGGCGGUCUGUGA